AUGCUUCUAAGAAAUUUAAACCCAGCUGAAGGUCUGUGCAAUGGAACAAGGUUGACAUGCAGAGAUCUUGGACAGCACACAAUUUCUGCCGAGAUUGUUUUUGGCCAUCACCGAGGAAAAACAGUUUUUAUUCCAAGGAUACCUCUUCGGUCGCCUGACAACGACAAAAAUGGGAUUCCAUUCGUACGAACACAGUUUCCUGUCUGCCUUUGCUUCGCCUUGACCAUCAAUAAAUCGCAGGGUCAAACCCUUGACUACGUCGGAAUCUAUCUACGAGAACCAGUUUUUUCUCAUGGACAGUUGUAUGUUGCUCUGUCCAGAGCUAGGACUGCCGCUAAAGUCAAAAUUCUUCUUGUUCCUGGAACAUUUGAAGGCACAAAAGUAGAUUGCAAGACUCGGAAUGUUGUCUUUCAUGAAAUUUUUAGAUUAACGCAGGAAUAG